AUGGCCAUCUCGGUCGACACUCUCGUCAACCAUCUACUGGUAUCGAAGCGAUCGCUGUCAUCGAUGACGCUUGUGCUGCGUGCCGACGAAAUCGUAACGGCAGCGCGGCAGUCUCAUGAAGACACGGUCAUGCUGGCGGCCCAGACGGGGUUUCUGCGAAAUGCCAUUGCCGACCAGGUACUGAUUCUAGGCCGUGUGGGCAAGAGCCUGCAGGCGACAUGUGAAUGGGGGAAGAAGGAUUUUGUGAAGCUCGUCAGGCGGAUGGAUGAGGUCGACGGACAGCUCAAGGCUACGAUGGACAUGCUAACGACGACGCCUGUUGAUACGACGCUACGGCCCAAGGGGGAGCCGAGGAAGAGCCUGCUGGACUUUGUGGACGAGGGGAGCGUCCACGGGAUGCGAAAUGCCAUGAAACAAUGCAUAGAGGAGCUGCAGGCGAUCCAAAUUUCAUUCGACGGCGACCUCCUCCGGCUCGAAACCGAUAUUCGAAACAUCAAGAAAAUCAUUGAGAAUGUGGAAAUGCCUGAAUCUCAAGAACCUGCAUCAAAACUACUGUUCGACUUGUUUGAGCACUCGGCCACCAUGGCGGAAUCUCUAGCCUCUCUGACGCAGCAUUUCGACAUGUGCGUUACGGCUAUACGAACGACUGAGGGAGCUGCAGCUUUGGCCCGCAGAAAGGCGGCCGAGGUUACCCAAUCCCAAGGCGGCGAGAGCGUCUCAAUAUCAGGAGUCAUUGCUGAGCAAGAGUCCAACCGAUCCGACCUCGAGCCACAAACAGCAGAAGAUAGAGCCGAAAUGCUACGGGUGGUCAUACAUGAUGCGCAGUUGGUGGAAGGCGUCGUGCACGAUAUUCAGGAGCAUCUCGCCGAGGUGGAGCGCAAGUAUAAUGAACUGGGAGAGCACACAGAACAGACUAGAAAGGCGCACCUAGGUAUGCUUGAUGCCUAUGCUGAGCUGGGAGAGGUCGGUGACCGCCUUGCCGACUACCUGGCCGCUGAAGAGGACUUUCGAAGCCGAUGGGAGAUGGAAAAGGACGUCGUGUUUACCAAGCUUGAGGAGAUGACGCAGAUGACGGAGUUUUACGAAGGAUACGCGAGCGCCUAUCACGGCUUGCUGAUGGAGGUUGCACGUCGCCGAAACGUCGAGGACAAAGUACAAGCUACUUGGCGCAAGGCACAGGAGACUAUCGACAAGAUGCUCGAAACUGACCGCCUUGAGCGAGAGGCCUUCCGGUCAGAGGUCGGCGAGUUCCUGCCGACAGAUCUGUGGGCCGACAUGCAAGGGUCGGUCAAGAGGUGGAAGAUUGUCCAGGUUGACGAUGAUGAACAAGCAGCAGAGGGAAGCGCCGCCGCAGAUACGAAUCGAGGGAGCGGCUAA